AUGCUAACGAUGGCGCCUUUUACUGACAAUGCCGGCGAAACUUUUAGGAAUGUACCAAGUCAUUGGUUUGACGCUGGACAUCACGAGGACUAUGCCAGAGGCUACAGGACUUGGCUAAUUCCACUACGUCUCUUUGACGCUACGACCAAGUUGCAAGGACGAGACGCUUCCAUUAGACAACGGCUAUGGGUUGACUGCUCGAGUCCCGCCUUCUCCCGUCGGCUCAUCUCUGCUCAAAUUAGCGCCCAUUCCCAUGCGGCCUUUCGAUUGAAAAGUCUCCUCCACUCUGAGACGUGA